CCUAACACCAUCCCAAGCUACCCCAAAACCACCCCAACCUUCUUCAACCGAAAGAGGUGCACAAAUAUUGUAAAAUUUUUCGCUAUGAUGAAAGUGAAGAAGAGCAAAAGAGACACUAAUACUCAUACUGGGGAAAAGAAGAAAAAGAGGAACAGGGUUACUUUGCUGGACGUUCAAGUUGAAGUGGAUGAUGGAAUGCAGGUUACAGAGGCAAAGAAGGAUGAAGCUUCUAUGACCAAGAAGAGGAAGAACAAUCACAAAAAUCUAGUUAGGAAACGGAAACAAAAGGGCCAAGAAGUUGAUUUGGAAGAACAAGGACUAUUUUCAACGAUUGUUGAGGGCACUUUGUCAAUGGCAUCUGAUGGAGUAUUAGACAAUUGCCAUUCUAAAACUGAGGUGAUCCAAGACUUGGAUGGACACAGAGAUUCUGAUGCUGGAGCGGUUAUCAAACCCUGUAGGUCAAAGAAAGAUAAGAAAAAAAGAAAAAAGGAGGCUCAAAUUUCACAGGAAAAGGGAGAAGGGUUUAAUCAGGAGGAAGUUUGUAUUAUAUCCUCCGGAGAUGAUGACUGCUCUAAGGGAAUGAAAAAAUGGAUCACAGAAUACCAUCAAAGUAGACCAGGAUUGGAGGUAUUGCAACAUCAAAUUGAUGACUUUAUAACUGCUCACGAGGCAAAAUUGGAAGAGGAAAGAAAAGAAAAAGAAGCCCUUGCUGCAGAAGGGGGAUGGACGGUUGUUGUACACCAUAAGGGGAGAAAGAAAACUACUGACUCUGAAAGUGGAGUUGCUGUGGGCUCGGUUGCUCAAGCUGCUGUGGAGAAUAAAAUGACCAAAAAGAAACAUAAAGAAGUUGGUCUAGAUUUCUACCGCUUUCAAAAAAGAGAAGCACAGAGAAAUGAGCUCAUGACAUUGCAGAGCAAAUUUGAGGAGGAUAAAAAACGUCUGCAGCAGAUGAGAGCUGCCAGGAAAUUUAGACCUUAUUAAACAAUGUUUUUAGCUUUAAAGGUUCACCGGUUUUUUUUUGGUGGAUUUGGGUUGGAGUUGGCGGUGGUUAUGUAGUCUUGAAGUUGAAUUAUCCUAUAGCUCUCAAUUUUUCUUUUAAAAAAAGAGGUUAAUGUAUCAUUCCAAUUUUGUCAAAAAUAGUUGUACAUUUAGUGUAGCUAGUAGUUAUUUUGAAUUGAGUUAUGACUUUGCAGGGUUGGCAAUGCUGAUCGACCCCUUAUUUCCAUCACUGUGACUGCAUUUGAUCUUUUUGGCAACGUUGUUUUAAACUUUACAAUA